CCGACAGGCGCACAAGAGGCGCAUAUACAUGCAACAAGGAAAGCCUCGAACGGAACGAACACCGAUGAUGGGAUUGCGCGGAAGAGGGAGUCGGAAAUCGGACGGACAUGCGUAAGGCGUAAGGUCCGACAAUAUAGUGACGAUAUGUCUCAGGAAGGCAGUCGCGUUGAAACGGCGCCCGAUAUCGGACGUGUGAAUUGUGUACGAAUAGUUUCGAACAAUUUGGCAUGCAAGCUCGCCGCGAUAUUAGACGCGUAAUGCAACAUAUACAAGAGUGCAAAAAGAUAUGAAGGAAAUGUCAACGUGAGGGUUCAAAAAUCUUUGGAUUGAACGACGUGGCCGACCCAUAAGGAGCUUUCACCAGAAUUGCGCACUUGAAAAAAAGCACAUUCGAGUCCCCUAUGAAUUCUCAUAUAAGGUUUCUUCGAUAAAUUGCGACAUUAUGCCGAGAUGUAAUGAAUACUGAAAUGGCAAGCGUGUGUCUAACCCCAUUUGUGAAAAGAAUUCGCGUCACGCGUAACAAUGAUCGGAUUAGGACUUAAGAAUCCGGCGAUUUGGCGGAUUUUACUCAAAUUACGAAAGUGGCCAUCAGAUUCAGUGUCGAUAAGCUUACACUUGAUCCAAUAGAGCGCCGGAAGAUCGCCGACCCAUGCAAGAAUAAUAAGAGAAUUAUAGACGAUUGUGGGAAAGGGAAUGCUGAAAGGCCAAUUGGGAGAGAAAACGGUGGCUGAUCACAUCAUGAAACUUAUUCAAGAUAAUGCAAUUCGUUUCUUCCGACGCUUCCUUGAUUUCUCUAGAACGAAUCAUUUUGAUAGUCGGAAGAAACGCCGCUGCGAGAAGAGAACGCACGGACAGUAAUCCAAGAAGCCGCCAUGGAGACGCACGGAAAUGGUGACAUCGACCGGAUCCAGAACUUGAUGAUCGAAAUAAUGAGAUCGGAAUCCGAGCGUUGUAAUCACGGAAAUAUAUCGGAGCCAGGUUGGUGCCCCGAAAUUUGGGACGAGAUAUUAUGUUGGAAUUCGACGGCACCAGGACAGUUGGCGAUUCAAUACUGUCCCUCUUACAUCAUGGGUUUCGAGCCUAGUGCACUCGCGUCGAAGCAAUGCAUGCCAAAUGGGCAGUGGUACAUGAAUGCCAACACCCAUACGUGGAGUAAUUACACCCAGUGUUAUGAAGGAGGAUUGGUCACUGUUCUGGUGAACAUAUCGGACGUACAGGCGAAUAACGUCACUUUCAUUAAGAAAUUCAUCCCGAUCGUAAAGACCAUCUCGAAACUCGGCUACACAAUUUCGUUAUUCACUCUCAUCAUCGCGUUUUGCAUUUUGGCGACUAUCAAUUUGUCUCCCAUCGGACGUAGGAAAUUGCGAUGCUCACGGAACAUAUUGCACAUGCAUCUGUUCGUCUCAUUCGUGAUGCGAGCAUUUAUGGCGCUACUCAAGGACCUGCUCUUCGUGUCCGGCAUCGGACUAUCGGAUGCCGUGAUCGAGAACGAUGAAGGUUACUGGCUGAUCAACGAGAAGGAAAGCAACUGGCAUUGCAAGAUAUUCACUAGUCUCUGGCAAUACUUUCUCCUGGCCAACUAUUCCUGGAUCCUGAUGGAGGGUAUAUAUCUACACAAUCUGAUCUUUCUGGCACUCUUCACUGACGCCAACUCUAGCAUCGCGACCUACGUCGUUUUCGGAUGGGGCCUGCCAGCUGUAUUUAUUUUACCCUGGGUAGUCACAAGGAUCAUAUACGAGGAUACGUAUUGCUGGACGACCAACGUGAAGCCUCUCUUGUUUCUCUUCAUACGAGUACCUACGAUGCUCUCUAUUUUGAUAAAUUUCGUGCUCUUCAUCAACAUCGUGAGAGUGCUGCUGGUAAAACUCAAGUCCACCUUGUCGGAGGAAACGCAAAGAUACAAACGGUGGGCUAGAAGUACAUUAGUCUUGGUGCCACUCUUCGGAGUUCACUACGCCUUCUUUAUCGGGAUGUCAUACAGCGUCGGCGUAAACGAGACCGUAGAGAUCGUAUGGCUCUUCUGCGACCAGCUGUUUGCGUCUUUUCAGGGCUUCUUCGUGGCGGUAUUGUAUUGUUUUCUGAACGGUGAAGUGAGGAUUGAGGUGUCCAGGACGCUUCGCAGCAUUAAGUGGACGCACGGAAUACGAUGGGAUUCGCGACCAUCAACGCACUCAGUUAGCACAUGCAGCUGUAACAAUGUCUCAAAGUCUGGCGGUCGACACUCAAGGAAACCCAAGUGGUGGAAGUCGCGCUGGAAAGCAAACCCCUGUCUGUUCCAUGAUCGCGCUAUCCGUCAAUCCACCCACUCGAUGGCGAGUACACAAGACGUUAGAACGAGAGGAUGUAGUUUAGCGAGCAACAAAGACUACCUGGAGAUGGCCGGUAACGGCCAGGUACUGCAGCCGACGAUGCAAGAUCAACAUGCUCAUCAUACAUGGCCACUGUGCAGCAAAUAUACGGAUCAAUCGCUACUCUCUUUCUAUUCAAACAUGUCGGAUACAUUGGGGCCAAAUAUCGACAAAAUCCGUGAUCAGCAUCGUUGGAGCGAUUCAGAAUGCUACCAUCUCGCAUACGAAUUGCAUAAACUACAGCAGCAUCAUGGACACCAAUGACAAGACUUGGAUUAAUUCAUAUAUAUAGAAGAAAACGUAUGUCCUGUAAAUGUACAAUACGCAUAAUCUAAACGCGUAUAUAUUAUUCUUGAAAGAAAAUAAAACUAAAGAUAUUUAAAUCUGAUAUAAUUUUUAUACAAAAGAGAGAAAAAAAGAAUUAUUUAUUUUGUAUCUCUUGAAAGAAAGAAGAAAUAGAAGAAAAAUUUUAUUUGUGUUUUUUUUUCUUACAGUAGUUUUUACAUAUUAUAAAUGGAGAUUAAAUUUUUUGUUAAUUCUUCUUUUACAGGAACAUAUUGUGUUGUUUAUAUAUAAUCGUCCAUGUCGUAAAUUUUAAUUCGCAGUAAGCAUAAAUAUAUAUGUAUAAUAAUGAUGUGUGUGUACAGAAAAUCGAUGUUCGAUAUUUUACUAUUUUAGAGAUUCGUUGAAAUGUACUAGAAUAUAUUCGAUAAAGUAUCUCGUCGAUAUACCUCAACGUUUUGAAAUUCAAUACGCCACUUAUUAUUGUUGUACGAGCUCAACUCACGAAAAUGUUAAACGUCCAUUAUUCACAACGAUUUCUAUGCACACUAUGACAAAUAAAUAAAAGCAGCUUAUUAAAUUUGUGAGUAUUAUAUCGUCAUGAGUCAAAUAUAUAUCUGUUAUCAA